UUAUAGCUUAGUUAACAAGUAAUUUAUUAUCUUGUCUAACCGUACCACUUUAAAAACCGAAAGUAGGAUUUGUAUACGUAUAAGAUCAAUUCAACAAUUGCGACUAUUUUUAAGUUAAAAAAAACAAACGCAAAAAGACGGAUUUCUACCUGUAACCAUCAGAUAAAUUCCAAAAAUCUUGCAAAAGGUAGAUGUCGUAGUUGGCUAUUUUUAAUUGCCACUUUAUUACAUUUAUUCAUUAUAGAAUAGUCUACACUAAGUCUUGGUCACUGGUGAAUAAAUUAUAGAUGCUUAUAUACUUAAACUUGAACUUAAACCCCUUGUGUUAUAAACACAAACUCCGGUUACAGAUAAAAUAUGUUUCUUAUUUAUGUUAAAUUUAAUUUAAUUUCAAAGUGUGUGGCUUUAAGGCCGACUCGACCUAACUUGCCUUUCAUCCGAGCAAAGUAAUUUAAGCACUUGGAAAUAAUUAAGUUGCUUUUCAGGGAGGAAAUAUUCACGGGGAAAAAUAGCCGAAUAAUACAAAAUACUGUUCGAAAAAAAUCUUCCCUCGCCUUUUUAGUAGCGACAAGAUUUUGGUCUUUUUAUUAAGUGCCGAAUACGAACAGUACAUAUUCAUAACUGAUACAGCUCAAUAGACAUUUAAUCUACAUGUACAGCUACCUAAAUGCACGAUUAUCUGCGUUGAUUUUCAUCAGCCUUAUUUAUUAAGGCUUACUUUUCGUUGUCGACUCGACUCAGGUACUAUUUAAAUGUACCCCAGCUACUCUUCAGAAGUAUACUACAAUAUACCACGGGUACAUUAUCGUUGAAUAUUGAGCUACUUACCACGGUGCCUAUACCGCGUGACUUUUUAAGAUUUGUGUUGGGAGAAUAAAGCGCAACCCAGAUAAAAAAUGUAAAUGCCUUGUUAAAUAUUUAAACAUGUUUCAGGGGAUAAAGUGGAGAGCCCGCUCAUUCGUGUGAGUUUUCUUAAGUAUCCUAAAUUCUUGGACGUCUGCAAGAAAGCAUUGUGAAGAGCUGCUAUGUAAACUACUGGCCAAAUCAAUUAAAGUCACGCCAAAACGGCUCAAAAACUAACCCUCUAAUCGCCAGGCCGAGGAGGCGAACUGUAUCAAUGGCUGACGAAGGCAUCAGACGUGAUGAACCAGGAGAGGUCCCUAAACAGGUCAGUGUGUCCAGCAGUCACGCUUGGUUUCAAAAUGAACAAGCCUCUGCUGAGACUUCUACUUUAAUGAAUGUUCUGGGUUAUGGGCCUCACAUCCGACAGGCUCGGAUAGAAGCAUACAAGGCCUUAGACAGGUAUAAUACUGCAGGGUCGCGUGGUACGCAAACGUGGAUCACCACGGGUAGCAAGGCUGAGGGUCUGACCAGCUUUCUGGAGAGCGAUAGAGACCACUUGAUUGUUACAGAAAGUGUCAUCUGUUUAGAAGAUGGUGUUGAUUCAAGUAGCGUUCCUGUGGAGACAACCAUAUUUAGAUCCUGCAGUCGUAUUAGUUACUCUGGACACUGUAGACUGCUACUUGAAAAAUACGGUACAACUAUUAAUAGAAAAGUGUACAAUGCCUUGUGUGAUGAUGGAUUUGGUCGCGGACUAUUAAGCAGCGACUUAUAUGUUAAUCAGUGGUUGAACUUUCAACAAUCGGAAGGCACAGUACAACAUGAGCGUGCUGGACCGUCAUUGUCAAGUACAGUACAUCGUAUUGAUUUAGAUGUCGUGCAAGCGCUACAUUUUUACUGCCCCAGCAUCCUAACAAGAUGGGCGGCACGACAUCGCUACUGGCCAUCACCUGACGUCGUAAGGGAGGUUGUAUCACUUGGAGCAUUUGUUUCUCCUGUUGGGGUUAAAGGCAGCGAUUAUGAACAUGUUGAAUGGAGAAUGUGUUUUAACACCGGGGAAAACGUACUGAUAAAUAAUCUUAACGACACUCAGGUUAAAUUAUAUGUGCUAUUAAAAAUGGUGAAGAAAGAUGUAUUAAAACCGCAAAAGAAGGAGGUGACAUCGUUCACGGUUAAAAACAUUGUAUUAUGGAUAGCAGAAAAUAACCCGCACUCAUUGUUUCAUGAAAGAAGUCUGUUUCAUUGGCUUCAUAAAGGAUUACAUGCGCUAAGAGUUGCUAUAGAUACGAAAGAGCUGCCUUAUUACUUGAUCCCAGGGCGAAAUCUAAUGGCAGCCUGCGCUCUGGAUCAUGAGCAGAAACGUUCUUGGAUAGCUACUAUUGAUGAAAUGAUGACCGAAGGUCCCCGGAUGGUAUUGAGACUACCGAAGAUACGACAAGCUAUUAUUGCUCACCCUGAGCCACUUCGAUGGUACAGCGGGAGGAGGAUAGAGACGGAGAUGCUGACGCUGAUACGCAUUAACAGAAUACGCAUUAACAGAAUGAAUCUAGACAUGGAUGAAGACACGGAUGUUAUUAUACAGGCACUAUUCAGACGUCAGAAGGAGAUUUUGUGGGAGGUUGGGAUGAGGAUGAUUAUGGAAGGGGCUCGAGUAAUUGAUGUCGAGAAUGUAUGGAGAAACAUGUUGAUGUGAAAUGAUCUACGGAAUGUAGGUGUUAGUCUGUUGAUGUAGAACAAUUACACAUUUCAACAGACAUUUGACUUGCACUUGAAACUCACAUAUAUAGAGUUAUCGUCUGUUGGUAAUUAAUAGUUGUUUGGCAGAAUACUUUAGAAAUGUAAUCUUCGUUAAGAAAACUGUUCAUUUUUACUUUUGAAAAAACGUUGUAUUAUUCUUACAAUGUAUAUGAAACGACUAAACGACGAUGUAAUGCUUAUUUUAAACAUUAAUCACAUUUAACGAUAACAUAAUGUUUAAACGCGUGGGCUCUCGUAUAGUCAGAUCUCCAUGAUGCAUGUCAUCCAGGGUCUUAAAAUAAAGCCAUAUAUAGUAUGAUUGGCAUGCGUCCAUGAACGAGUUGUAACCCAAUGAACAAUACGUUAAUGGGGAAGCAGGUUUAAUAUGUAUGUCAAUAUAAAAGAACAGCACGCCAAUACUUGUCCAUUAAAUAUAUACAUGUGUUUUUACUUACAAAUUAAACGCAUAUAUGGAAAAUUUGCAUCGAUACUACAAAACGAUGUAUUGCCAUGCUUGAUAGUCAUGAAGGUGUACAUUUUAAGAUUAAAGAGUUGUGUUUUCAUAUGUGUAAUCAUAAGUGUAGUCUUUGUGAAUCAUGUGUAAAAUAAGAACUUGUAAAUCAAGGCCAUUUGCCUCUUUGAUAUUUUUGCAAAAUCUCUCCACUGUAGACAAUUUAAAGCAAAUUACAUUGGUGUUUGCAUUC